UGUGUUAUUGUUUCAGUGAAAAAGCUGCAGCAAAGAUGGAAAACUGCAAGAGACACUUAUAUAAGAGUGAGGUCUACUAAAAAAAAACUUAAAUCAGGCUCCGGUUCCAGGGCAAAUAAAACAUACAUUUACUAUAACAUGCUGUCAUUUUUAGAUUCAAACUCGAAUACUCAAGGAGAAGAAUCGGCAGACAAUUUUAAUCAGUCAGUAGAGCAAAACGCGUCACCGAGAACUUCACAAAAUAAUACGAUUAUUGAAGAAGAUUUGAUUAAUGUACCUAGCACCAGCUCCAGCGUUACCAAAGAAACACGAUCUUCCAAGAAACGUAAGUGCGAAUCGCCAACUGAUUUCGAAUUAGAGUUGUUAAAUUGCGUGAAGAAUAACACUGCAGAUAAUAUGGACGAAGACUUGAAUUUUUUUAAGUCAUUAUUACCAACUGUAAAAAAAUUGAGUUGCUUUAAAAAAUUAUUAUUUCGUACGAAAGUAUUAGAAGCUUUAAUUGAUAUUGAAAAAGAAAUGAUUAUUACCAUUGAUGACCUUUCAUUAACGCAAAAUACGGUAACGAAUGAUUUAGAAUCCUUAAAUGUAAGAUCAGAUACGAACAAUGAAUAA